AUGACAGUCAUAGAUGAGCUGAAUAAAGAGUGUGUUACAGCUUUGCAAGGUGGAGUAUUGUUGAACGGAGAUUUCAAUUCUAUUGAGAAGGCGUUAGGGGAGGCUCUUGAAAUUGCUGAUAAAAAGUUGCUAAACUGGCUUGAAAAGAUUGAAGAUGGCAACGAUGAAUCUGGUUCAACCGCCACUGUCAUUUUAGAUGGAAAUGAAGUGAUGUUCAUUUCUCAUGUUGGUGAUUCUUGUGUGGUUCUGUCUCGUGCUGGAAAAGCACAGGUCUUGACUGAUUCUCACCGACCCUAUGGGAGCAACCAGGCCUCUUUGCAAGAAAUUAAAAGAAUCAGAGAAGCAGGUGGAUGGAUUAGCAAUGGUAGGAUUUGUGGUGACAUUGCUGUAUCCCGUGCUCUUGGUGACACUCGAUUUAAGACAAAGAAGAAUGAAAUGCUGAAGAAGGGAGUUGAAGAAAGGAAAUGGUCUGAAAAUUUUAUUUCCAGGUAUAUCUUCUACAGUUCAGAUGCAGUUGCUUUUGUUCGGAAUCAACUACGUGAACAUGGAGAUGUUCAGGUAGCAUGUGAUGCACUUGCACAAGCUGCUUUGGAUAAUGGCUCACAAGACAAUGUCAGCAUUAUCAUUGCUGAUUUAGGGCAUACCGAGUGGCAGAAUUUGCCAGUUGAACAACAAAUUUUCCUGUUUGAAUUCGGACAAGCUUUAGCCACAGUUGGUGUCGUGUCACUCGGAAUAUGGUUGUCGUCUCAGGUUUCUUUUUGAGUUUAUCAGUUGUGUACAUAGAAAUGAACGUAGAAUUCGAAAUGGUCUGUAUAAUGGGAACUGUAUAUGCU